GCAACUGUAACAUUCUGCGUGGCUAUCGCCUACACUGUCUUUGUCGUGCUCCACGAAAAGUUUCCGUCCCUGCAAAGUGCAUCCGUAUCCUCCAUAGAACCAAUAAACGUAUCCAUCGAGCAAACAAGUUGUCACCGGAGGCCCCUUCCAUCCAUAUCGUAUUUCGAGCCGCGGACAUAUCACAACUUCGAUAACGUCUUGUUAAUCGUCUUCUUCAGUCAUGCACGCUAUAAUGGUAAUCUAGACUUCUACAAGGAGGUAUACUCGGAAUUUUUUCCUAAUAUUAUCUUCAUUGGCCCAGCAAGUAGAGAAGAUGCCGGUUUCUCGCAUUCUUAUGAUGUUCUCGUGGAUUCCUACCAGUCCGACGAAGACCUCAGUGAUCCAUCAUUCUACAAGAUGGCUGGAAGGAUGGCGCAUCACAUGUUAUACACAGCCAUGAAGGAGCAUGAUUGUUAUGAUGGCUAUCUCUGGGCGCCGUUCGAUACACUUCUCAACAUCCCUCGCCUGCAACAGUUCGAUCAAAACUACUUUUGGUACCAUUCGCCGUGGGCGCAGUAUGUUCCUAACCCGGCUCAACCAGAUGCAAAGGCGAGCCAACACGCUCCUUCGGCCAUACUAUCUCCAGACCCUUUUCUCAACCUCACCGAAACCUGGAGAGGGUGGCAAUAUGAUUGGUGGUAAGUAGACCCGCAUGUCGGCGUUCAUGUCUGUAUGGAGGCUUUCCUGAAAGUACCUUUUCAGAUGAGGAAACGCCUCGAACUUUUUACUGAUGGCGUCACCCGGUUUAUUGGCGGUUCUGCAGAUACACUUUAUAUCCCAGGCCGUCAUCGCCAGAAUUUCCUAGACGUUCUUGGGCUAUUCCUAGAGACCGAUUGUUUUCUUGAGAUAGCAACGCCUACCGCGGUCCAUCUAGUGGUGCCAUUAGACGAGCCAAUACUAUACGUUGAUCAUUGGUGGAUAUUCCAGCCACCUUUCAAUGCUUCUUUUGUUCGACAGAAGUGGGAGGAAGGGUACGAAGUAGACACAUUCCAUACGUUCCAUUGGGGUGAUGUCGAUACCGAUGGUGUGUGGACGGGAAAUCAUGGACAUGUUGACGAUGUGCGGCAUCUUCUGGCGGAGUCUGGUAUCAGACAAGGUGUCGAUUUCAACGUGAGCUCGUUGUAAAAUUCGGGAUGCUUCCUGUUUCUACUAUAUAUAUAGUGACGAUGAAGAUCACCGCUUGUCUCUGUACUCGAUUAUCCGCGAAGAAGGAAAAAGAUCGCCUGCGCGCUUCGAUAGAUAUUGUGAUAUACUUCUUGCAAUCCAAUUCAUUGUAGAAA